AUGGCCCUAGAGAUGGCUAUGGAGCUUGAGCUUGAUGAUGAUGUCUUCUUUGCAGACAUAAGCAGGCAAAUCAAUCUCUUAAUCACAGAUGACGAUGAACAAAACCCUAUCUCACUUUCCUCCUCUGUCUCUUUCCAGGGUUUGUUCAAAGAAAGCUACCAAACAUCAGCAACACCAUAUAUGAUGUACCAUGACCAAAACUACAACCAAGUUAGAGAGAGCAAAGGAACAGGAGUGUUCAUCCCAAGAUGUUCUCACCCAAGAAGGAAACAACAUAAUCAUCCUAAUCAGAAGAAGCAAGGGCGAUUCGGUUCCUUUAACCCCAAGCAACCGUUUCCUCAACAUGUUCAUGACAAUAACUCAACAACUCUCAACAACGACAACCAAGAAAGCAUCACUCUUCAUCAUGCUUCUACUAACCCAAGAAGAACCUACAGAGAUGCAGCAUCUCUCUUCACUUAG